AUCGAUUGAAUCUUCCAGGAACAGGAAGAUACUAGCCAGGGUAAAGGCAUUCGAUCUCCCUGUCUGCGUCGUCGUCCUCUUCCUCCUAAACAAAUAGUUUGUAAUAAUAAUAAUUGAAGAAGCAUGAAGAAGCUAUCCUUCUCAAUCCCAUCAAAAUCCAAAUCAAAACCUAAACCAGUCUCAGAUCAGCCAGACAAUGACACCUCCAAACAAUAUCUCACCGAAUUCGAUCCCUCAAAAAACCUACUCCCUCAAAACGCUCACACCCCAAUUAUCCUACCUAUUCAAAACGAUUACCAACCCCACAAGAAAAUGAAAAACAUCCACCUCCCUCUCCACCAUGAUGAUUCCUCCGCCGACCUCCGUUUCGAAGUCGAAACCCUCUCCUCCGAUCCCGCCACCGCCGCCUCCGAUUCCAUUUCCUUCGGUCUCAAUCUCCGCCACUCCACCACCACGCCAACCCAAGAUGCCAGAACCGAGGACGUGCUGUUGGAGAAAUUGAGGUAUGAUCUGAAGAGGUUGCCCGAAGAUAGAGGGUUUGAGGAGUUUGAAGAAAUGCCGGUUGAGGAUUUUGCGAAAGCGUUGCUUAAGGGUUAUGGUUGGCAUGAAGGGAGAGGUGUUGGUAAGAAUUCUAAGGAAGAUGUUCAAGUCAAGCAGUACACGAAAAGAACUGAUAAAGAAGGUUUGGGCUUUCUUGCUGCCUCACAUGAUUCUAAAAAUAGUAAGAGCAGUAGCAGUAAUAGUAAUGUUAAUGGUAGUGGUAGUGUUAAUGUUAAAGAGAAACAAAGAGAAAGUAGUAAAGAUGGGCUUUUUUUGGGUAAAGAAGUUAGAGUUAUUAGUGGUAAAAAGGAAAAUUUGGGGUUAAAAGGUACGGUUGUGGAGAGAUUGGGUUCGGAUUCAAUUGCUUUGAGGGUAGAAAAGAGUGGGGAGAGAGUGAAAGUCCGGGUUUCUGAUGUUGCAGAAUUGGGGUCGAGAGAAGAGGAGAGGUGCUUGAAGGAGUUAAAGAGUAUAGAAGAGAAGAAACCAAGUGAUGGGGAUAGGGAACAACGGCACGUUAAUAAGCGGAAUGUAGAGAGUAGAGAAAGCUUGAAGAUGGGGAAUGGUAAUGUUGGUAAAGAGAGAGGAGUUCAGUGGCUUAGGAGGCAUAUUCGGGUUAGGAUAAUUAGUAAGGACUUGAAAGGGGGGAAAUUGUAUUUGAAGAAAGGGGAGGUGGUAGAUGUGGUUGGGCCUUACAAGUGUGAUAUAAGUAUGGAUGCGAGUAGAGAGUUGGUGCAAAGUGUGGAUCAGGAUGCUCUAGAGACUGCAUUGCCACGACGUGGGGGUCCGGUUCUUGUUCUUUAUGGAAGGCAUAAAGGAGCUUAUGGGAAUUUGGUUCAAAGGGACAUGGACAGAGAGGUUGGUGUUGUGCAGGAUUCUGGUAGCCAUGAGUUGCUUAAUGUCAAACUCGAGCAAAUUGCUGAGUAUGUUGGAGAUCCCAGCUACAUUGGUUAUUGAUUCUCUUGGAUGCGUUCUGAUUCAUAACAGAUCACGAGCAUGUUCUGAUAAUUCUGAUAUUUGAUCUCAAAGCUUGCACAUUUGUGCACAUAAUUUGCCCCCAGUUGUCCUGUGAUUGCUUAUUUAGUUCGAUGUGGUUGCAAGACAUUCUGAAACGGGAUCCAGAUCACUUCCAGAUGGAGAGAUCGUCCCCAAUUUGAAGAUCUGAAGCAACAUAUAAUCAGUCAUCUUCCAUAAAAGAGAAAAUUAAAAUAGUGAAGAUCACGAGUUUAAUUACUGUAAUUGCCUGACUGGAUGCCUGAAUGCAGAUUGCAUUUUGAAUGGUGAUGGCAACUUGAAUGUUUACUGCUAUUGGCUCCUUGACUUGAUUGUAAUGUACAACAAAAACAGUAGUAACACUAGUUGGUAAAGUAAUGCAGUAAAAGGUCACAGUGACUGUGUGUAACUGCUUUCUCGCAUUUAUUAUUGAACAUUUUGGUAUUGAUAUUAAAAA